AUGGCAGUGAGUAAUACUACACAAUCACUUGAUUUCGACAUGGUCGAUUUGUCAGAAGAGGAUAAAGUUGCAGCACAGAAAUAUCUUAGUGAAAACGGAAUACGUGGUAUUGAAGGUUUCCUUGCUGAACGAUUAGAUGCAUGGCGAAAAUGUCCGUUGAAUAUUGCGAUUACUGGAGAUUCAGGAUCAGCAAAGGAUGAAGGUGCAGCCAAAGUUGGAGUAGUUGAAACAACACGAAUUAUUCAAUCAUAUUCUCAUCCAAGUUAUCCUAAUCUGGUCUUCUAUGAUUUACCAGGUGUUGGUACAUUAGAAUUUAAAAGAUCAACAUAUUUAGCUCAAGUAAACUUAGUUCGAUAUGAUUUCUUUUUAAUUGUUUCACGUACACGUUUUACUGAAAAUGAUCUAUGGCUUGCAAAUGAAAUUAAAAAAAUUGGCAAACGAUUUUUUUUUAUACGAACAAAUAUUGAUCAAGAUUUAUACAACGAAAAAGUUGAUCAUCCAAAAAAUUAUAAUGAAACAUUAAUACUUGGUAGAAUACGUGAAAAUUGUCUUGUACAUAUUCGAACAGUUGAUGAUACUGCAAAUAUUUUUUUAAUUAGUGGUCGACUUAGUCAUACAUGUCGAUUUGAUUUUCCUAAUAUGUGUACAGCACUUCUACGAGAUUAUCCAGGUUUGAAACGUCAUGCAAUGAUUUUAGCUAUGUCAACUAAUUGUAAAGAAGUUAUCAGAGCUAAAGUUGAUAUACUUCGUAGUCAAGCAUGGGUAGCAGCAGCUGUUAGUGCUGCUGUUGCAACUCCACCAAUACCUGGUUUAAGUAUAAUGUUUGAUUUUUCAUUAACCGUUGGUUGUGUUUUAUUUUAUAAAAAACAAUUAGGAUUAGAUGAUGAAUCUUUAGAACGUAUUGCUCAAAUUCAUCAUAUACCAUUAUAUGUUUUAAAAGAUGAAUUACAAAAAAUUUUACCAGCACAUUUUUUUACAGCUGUGCCAGAUUUUGUUGUAUCAUUAGUUAAAAGACAAGCUGUUGGUACUGCAACUGAAGAAGUUCUUCGUUAUGUACCUUAUAUUGGUUCAGUUAUUUGUGCGACUGUUUCAUUUUCAAUAAUUUUAUCUGUAUUAAGAAAUUUAUUAAAUGUUAUGGAAAAAGCAGCACUUACAUUGAUUGAUAUUGUGGCUGAAAGAAGUGUUAGUGAUGAUGAAGAUGAUGAUGAACCUCUAUAA